AUGGGCUGUACGGAACUACAGGAUUCGGCUGUACGGAACUAUAAAGUCGAAAUUACUGAGCCACGGUAUGAUGCAGAUGGGAAUGGUCCAUGCCCUCACAAAAUUGUAAAUUUUGCUGGUGGUGCUUUUGGGUUAGGAGCUGUAGGUGGUGGCGUUUAUCACUUCGUAAAAGGAUUGUAUAAUUCGCAAAGAGGCGAAAGAUUAAUCGGCGGUGCACAAGCUGUUAGAUUGAAUUCUCCUCGUCUUGGAUGUUAUUUUGGUGCUUGGGGUGCUACGGUUUCAGCUUGUGAGUGUACAAUCGCUUAUGUUAGAGAUAAAGAAGAACGAUGGAACUUCAUAAUUGCCGCUGCUGCUGCUAGUGGAUUGUUAGAUAUUCGUAAAGGUUUUCUUAGAGCUUCGAGGUCAGCUGUAACUGUUGGAGUCUUACGGACUUUAACUGAAGGUGGUUGA